GCAAAAUUCACGCCUGGUGAGUGAAGACAGUAGACUGUAAAAUUAAGCGUAGUAGACUGGGGAUGUUUGUUGCUGCCCACUGUCUGUUCACCAGGCGUGUGCCGGUCGUUGCUCAUGUAGGGGAGAGUGUGGUAAGUUGAGUCAAACGGUAAGUUGAGCCACCCCCUGUUGCUUAGAAAUGGUUAAAGAAAUUGAUCAUGUGACCAAAUAUUUAGGAGAUGGGCAUUAAUUCAUGGAGUCUGUGAAGUUUAGAAGCACAUGGGUGAAGGGGUUAGACAUUUAUUUAAAAAAGAAACAUUUUUCACUCUUGAAAGUGAAUUUAGUCUGUCAUAAGUUUUAUUAGAUUUGUGUUCAGACCAAAAAAGAUCAUUUUAAAUUUGUUUUAUACAUCAAUUGUUGUUUCUAUGAGUUACAACAUGAGGUCAAAAACCAGCAUAAAACUCCACCAUUUUAGCUUAGAGGACUGAUAAAGUCAUAAUAGUAGUUCUGGGGUAAAUUGAGCCAGUGGAUCAACUGAGAAAGUAAAGGAGUCUGAUGAGAGGAUCAGAGUUUCAGUUCAGAUUGUUGAAAUGUUUUACUUUUUCUUUUCAAAAAUACAGCUGUGAAUGUUCUGAAUCACUUAAAGACACUCAUAUUAAAAUGGCUUUUUACAAAACAGUUUUUUAGCAGUUAUAUGCAAUAAUAAUAAAAAGAAUUAUUGUACCAGCUGGAUAGCCAAAAACAGAUAAAAAUACACAUGAAUGUGAAGAAGUGACUGUUAUUUAUUGACUUUAUGGUCAACUUACCCCAUACACAGGGUAAGUUGACCAUAGAAGACCAGUUUUUUUGGCAUGCUAUAUUAUCAAGACAGUUAUGUUUACGUUCAUUUUGUUGGUUUGCAGGGAUGCACAACAUCUUGAAAUAUAUGCAGAUACACUAGUUAGAGACAAAACUAUGAUUGCCUUGAUGUAGUGAUCCAAAAUAUAAAAAAUGGCUCAUCUUCUCCCACUCUCCCCUACGCAGUGCUCACCAUAGGGGUAGAGUGCUUCACUUUACACAUGGAGACCAGGAUGGGGUCACAAUUUUGAAAAUAUUAAUAGGGCUGGUUGUAAAAAAUCAUUUCUGUGAUUGCUGAAGGAAAUGUUUUAUUCGACACUGUUUGAACUUCAAUUGAAAUUACAGUAUUCUUUUAAAAUGUGAUCAGAAAUGGUGUCGGCAAAGUAACAGCUUUGAAUUUAGUCAGCGACAUGCAGUAUUUCACACCGAGCUGUUGAAUAUCAUCAUGCUUACAUAGCCAUGAUGAUACAACCUGCCAUCACAUGGCUCCUUAUACCUGGAUAUGAAAUCAAUCCCUACAUAAUCAUUGUAAAAUAAUGGAAACAAAACAUUUUACCUCUGUGUUCCCACAAGAAAUAAUAAUCCAGUUAGACUUUGGUUACUGUAGAGAAUGACUCAUAGAUAACCUAUUCUUGUUAGGACCAUUGUUUUAGGAAUAACAGCUCAUGUCAACAAACAGCCAGGCGGUGAGAUCAUGUGGAGACUAUCCCAGAAGAGUAGGCACAUGACCCACCCACCCACUGUGUAUAUGGGUUGCCAUGGAAACCCAGUCCAAGGAGUGCACUGAAAAGCUUGCAAUCAGAGCUGUUUAAGGCUUAAGAGCAGAUUAAGUGGGCAUUGACUGUGGAUAAGAGAGGUUCUCAACAGCAAGGUACCGUAAAACCAAGUGUAAGACUUACUAUAACUAUUAAAUGACAUUAGGAUAUUUAAUCAAGUAUUGAAAAAUGGGAGAGGUCGUAUUUAACACAUUUAAAAUAAGAAUUACUGAUGAUUUAGUUCGCACACACUCUGUAAUGAUCAGACAGUGUUAAAACUAGUUGUUUAUCAUCAAGCAAGCGAUGGAAAAAUCAAGACACAGGAUCCAAGAAUAGCCACACACGCCAGCAGCCACCUCUGUGUGAAAAUCUACCCCUGUCGCCUGAGCAGAUAUGUGUGGGAGAUGAAGACUGAAACAUCCUCCAUACAAAGGGAGGUGAUCGCUCGAAUCGAAGAAGAAGCUCCAACAUGUUCAGAAGUUCAAGUCCGUUUUCUCUAACAGACCUCGACAUGUGGGAUACGAGGUCUCGUUUUUCAGCCCAGGUGGGAUUCUCAUUCGGUUUUAAUUUGGAGUUUAACAAGAUCACAACUGGUUGGUUUUUUUAAGUAACAUACUUUUGUCUCUCAGACCUCAGCGUGGUGUGGUAUGGCAGCUGUUUCUGGUACAGGGUUUCUGUCCAAAGUCAGCACAAGGUAAGAUGGAAAAUAUUUACUUUUUGAAAGUGACAGAGGCAUCUCUGUAUUCUCUUCUCAGUAAAGGGUGUAAUAAAUUCUAUCUGAUUAUAGCACAUGUGGGAGCACUGGUGGCUUCAGACAAAGUGAUCCAGGUCUUCGGAGGUGGCAGUCAUUGUCCCAUCUGGAGCAUGAGGCUGCAACACGGUCCUUUUCUCCAUCUCCAGGGGCUGAACUAAGGGCUGCCAGAGGAGAACGCAGCUUUAAACCGACUGAAGUGGGACGGUGGAUGCAGGAUGCUCAUGAGCGUCUGGACUGUCAGCUAAAUGGGCUGAGUAACAGGAAAUCACAGCUGAGUUACGACAAAUCCACUGCACACCUCCAUGACAUGAAACACCAGGUGAGUUCUACGAUCUACCUUUGUGGGUUUUUGUCUUUCUUUGUCCAAAGUUUGGUUUACGAGACUGAGAUAGUUUCAUAGCUUUUUUUCAUGUGUUGUUUCUUAAUAUCAUGUACUGGCUGCUCUUGAUCAGGAGGUGUUAGCUGAACUUUCCAAAUCUGAAAUCAGCAGGCAGCAAGGCGAGCUUCAUGAAAAGUAAGUGGAGGGAAAGAUGUGAUAAAGAGGGAGACGGACAUUUGAAUAGCUGUAAACAGGAUUGAAAUUCCUUCUCCUGUUAAAUUCACUUUCAAGGGUCAUACAGAUGGAGAAGGAGCUGUUCCAAAUGAAGUCUAGCUUAGGCAAAAGAAACAAUGAUCACACAGCAGAGAAAACUCCUGCCUCACUCAACAUGAACUUAUCACAGAGUCAAGAAGACUUAAACAGGCAGGUGGGUAAACUUUAAAUGUUAAUUUGUUAUCCAUAAACUGUAGGACUGUGUUUGACAAUCGCAGCUUUUACACUUUGAUUUUUUUAUUAUUCAGAAGAGUGAGGAAGUUCAGUCAGAGCUGCAUAAACUUAGAGAGGCUCUGAAAGAAGCAGAGGCAAAGGCGAAGACACAAGAGCAAACUCUCCCGAAGCUCCAGCCUUCAACAGAGGUCAGCGGAAAAUAACAUGAGGGAAAUGUCAACAUUUUCUGUCAAUUUCUUUGAUUCAAGAUCCUAAAGUUGUAUUGUCUGCCAUCCACUGUAGACACAGACGAUGCUGUUGAAUCAAAUUGAGGAGAUGAACCAAAGACUCAGCAACACGAAACAGAAUCACUCUAAAAUUCAAGAACAGCUCACUGAAGCUAACAACAGGAUUAGCCAAGCAUGCCUGGUCAGUUUCUUUUCUAAUCUGAUAUUACAAAGCUUUGUGACGAGAAUUAUAGUUUAAAUUUGUCAUUCCUCCUUAGGAAAAAGCCACGCUGUCAACCCAAGUGCUAAAGCUGGAGGAUAAUAUCAAAGACCUUCAGAGCAAACUAGCAGGGGAUCAAUCUGAGAAAGACAAACUCAUCAAGGUAUUAUAUUGACACCUUUAACAGCAAGCCCCCUGCAGUAUCCGAGAUAAAUAUCAACUGAAUAUAAAAUAAAGUUUCUGCAUGUAGGAAAAGACAGAUCUACACCAGAGGAACCAGAACCUGGAGCUGCAGCUGAAGCAGAUCCUACAGGGCUCAGAGGGACGUGAGCACCCUGAGUCCAAUAAUGCCAAACAGGAUCAGAAAGCAGUUCAGAUGAGAGAGGAAUCCAAAGCUCUUAAAGAGGUGAAUCACUUGUUUAUUUUGCUAAAUGUGACUUUUUUUCCUGGAGUCUUUAUCUAAUGGUCUCUGAUGUUUCCUACCAGGUAAAUGAAAAACUGACACAUGAGCUUGAAAUGACGAAACAGAAACUGACGAACUCACAGUCUGAGUUGGAGGAGAUGACAGCAGAGAGAGAUACUGUCUCCAAACAGGUCACAGAACUAAAGUCAGAGUGCUCUCAGCUCAUCAGAGAGAAAGACAAACUGCUCAGUAAAAAGAGUGAAAGUGAAAAAGAAGAGCUAACAGAGAUGACAGAAAAGUGCUGCAAGCUUAGGUAACUAUUCUUGAUAUGUCAAAAGUCAGCAUCAGAUAACAUCAUUUUUAGUUAAGUACUCUCAAACUGUUUUCCAGAAAAUUGGUGGAAGCAUUGGAAUCAGAAAAACUGAAAUUGCAGGAUCAGUGCUUGUGCCUGGAAGCAAAGGUCCUUGAGAAAGAGGAGAAGCUGCACGUGCAGGAGGAAGAGUACAAGAAAAAAGAUGCACUGAGGGUCCGGGCGAUUGAGGAGCAGAAAGCUGUGGCCUCACACUGGACUGAGAAAUGGCAGAAGGUGGCUUUGACUCUGCAGGCCACACAGGAGGAGCUGAAGGAACUUAAAAAGAACAACGUUAGAAAUGGGGUGAGCUUCUUUGACUUCUGGAGAAAUUAUGUGUUCAUUUGAAAUUCAACAUAAGUUUACGUGCUCAUAUCUGUGUUUUCCCACAUAUAGGAAAAAAAUACACAAAUAUUGAACACAUGCAAUCCAAACACUAGUAAACCUGUCCCCCAGACAUUUAUUUGUGUUGAUUAAGCUUUAAGCGACAUGUUUUAGGCCAGAAAUAUUUAAAUAAUCAGAGAUUGGGGUUUGGAGUUGCAUUAAAAAGAUAAAUAAACAUGGAUCUAUGGUUGAAAGUAUCAAUAUCAGUGUUUAUGUUUCAUUUUAUUCUUAAAAUUAAAGGAACCUGACUCUCUGCUGAGGGUUCAGCUUGACGCUUGUAAGCAAGAGCUGGAACUGGAAAAAAGCAGGAAUUUGGUUCGUCCUCACAGAUUUAAAGGUAAUGAUGACUUUUCAGAGAUAAUAUUCAAACAAAGCAGGCGACAAGGAGAAGUGUUGUUGUUGUUGUUUUAUUCUUUGAACACAAGGGGGCAUAAAACAGCUUUAUUGUGUUUUUUUACAGAUGGCCCAGCCCUGCAGACUCAGGAUACAGAGACAGUGACAGAGUGAGCAGAUUUCAAUGAGAAUUUCAUUUUCAAAAUGCACCAUCAGAAAAACUCUGCCCCCCCCCCCCCCCCAAAUGAAAUUCCUCAUCUCUUAUUGUGUACUCUGUCUGUUGAUCAGCUUAUCAGAAUCCUCUUUGUUUCGGGAGCCCCCAUCAGACACCCAGGCCGGCCAAAACCAAAACCAAACCUCUCAGGUAACGAAGAGCGGCUGCCUCAUCAAGCAUUUAUGCAGCGUAACCUUGUAUUAAAAGUGUUAGCAGAUCCAAGGUGGUGUGUUGGUGUGAUGAUAAAAAUCAUUAAAGGCUGUUUGUUUACAGGUCAAAGAUGAGAAAUCACCUGAGGAAAGCAGGAAGGAUAAAAUGGUCUGUACAAGUAAUUCAGAGACUGACCAGCAGAGGAGGCUGGUAACAGAGCAGGUAGCUAUGAGUGGGUUGAGUGCAAUUAAAAAAAAUCUGUUUUUGUUCAGUGGUAAGACUCAAGGUCCUCUGGGGGACACUGUGUUGGUCUGCAUGUGAACUGUAUGGAGUUAAAACAUCCAAGUAAAUACUGGAUAGAUGGAUACAGUUAAACUGAAUACAACUUUUAUGACAAACCUUCAAAAAUUAGUGAACAACCUAAUAAAAUUUUUUAAUUAUUAUUUUAUUAUUUCCUUAAACUCUUGCUCAUACUGGAGGACUUCAAUUCAGAGGUAAAUAUGGGACAUUUACUUCUCAACGUAAAGAUCGAAAUAAAGUUACCUGUGUCUUUACAAGAUCAGUAAAACUGUAAAACUACAGACCAGAAUACCUUUUUAUACAUUUCUUUUGUUGCAUUAACUUCCAUCUUUGUUUGAAAAACUAGACAACGGUCAGCAUGCUAGCUUAAUGAAUCCUAAAACUACAACACUUUUAGUUUGGUCAUAAGUUAAGUUGUGACCGUAACACUUUAAAUGAAGUUUAAUUGGGAAACAGGAUUUUUUUUUUUUUUAAAGAGUUUUCCUUUUCCUCUGUAGUCUCUGUACAAAUCUGUGAUUUAACAGCUGAGCUAAGAUGGUUGCCAGAAGCCUUUUACUAAUUUAGUCAAAUUUGCCUUUGGGGUGGAAGAAGGUUAGAUGGAAAAGCAUAAAUGUUUUACACUGGUAAUCACUUUUUUAACCACUGAUCACAUGCUAACACAGCAAACUUAGUGUCAAUGGUAGCCUGGCUAUAUGAAUGACCUCGUGUUAGUAAAUGUUAUCAGAUUAUAGUCUUAUAGAGCACUAGUUUGGCCGAUCCAACAGGGUAUGUUUUUCUCAUUUUGUUUGAAGUUAAAGAGUCUGUUUAAGGAGCGAGAAGGAAAGGAGGAGCGAGCAGUCGACAGCAGCUCAGGAGGAGCUCAGGCAGAUGCCUCAUCACCAGAUCAGUCUGAAACAUAUAAAGCCUUGAGGGUAAGAAGACACAGUCUGAGUAUUAUCUUGGAUGGUUGAAAAUGAUUGUGUCUAUAAUAAACAUGUCUUUUUUUUCAAUGUUCAUUCAGAAAGGAGGGGACAGGAGGAUCUGGCAGCAUGGCUCAGGUUUGAUGCCAGUGUUUGAGGAGGAUGAGGAGAGCUGUGAAAGCUCAGGAGAGGAGGACAGGGAGCCAUCAGAUCUGUCCACUGAGGUAAAAUCUCUGCUUGAUUUUAAGCCAAAAUUCAUACACAAAGAACCUUAAAGAGCGUGUGAAUCUGUGUGGUUAACUUCUUCGUGUGGCGUCUCACUGACUUGGCUGUCAAAAGCAAAAGCUAAACAUCUUCACAAAAUGACCAGCCACAACACGGCUCAAAAGACAGUCUGCAGAUUAACAUUUCAGUGCUCAUAUGGGGUCACAGAUGCUGAUGUUGUAUCUGCAGUACAGAUGAAUAACAUCAAUGGCAUAAUCUUUGCAUGAAGGUUAUGUCAUAAAAUUAACAGCACUGCUCCCAUGUUUAGUCAUUACAUAUACCCACAUACCAUAUGUGCAGACUAAUCCCAGCUUCAGCCUCCAUGAAAGAGCAUACAGCACACAGAGAGGGGUUUCUCUCCACUGUACACAGAGUUCAGCUAUAAUCUGUCGUUUAACUCUUUCCACUCUGUAAAUAAUCUGAUUUGGAUCUGGGGGGUGAACCCCUUAGCUGGGACACAUCUGACUCAACUAUAAGAGGAUAUUAGAGAUACAGAGAUGACAACAGAGAAAUAGGGAAAGCCUAAAGUCUAAUAUUUGCGGGUAUUGUGGGCCUUUAGUUUUUAGAUUACAUCUGGAAAUUUCAGAAAAAAUGCAAAAUUCCUGAAUUCAAAAGCUACAUAGUGUGUGACGACAGCUCAAGGUCUCAAAUGUUGUUCCUCUUAUUUGUCUAAAUUAGAAAAGAGCAAUCACGCCUUUACUGUAAUAAGCAAAAAAAAAGUCAUUUUGAAAGCAUUUGAAUAGAUACUGAAGAUAUUAAGAAGGCUGUUAGUUCCUGAUUUGAAGAUGCAAUGUGAGAUUUGAAACUAUUCUUUCCUCUGCCAGAUGUUUGGUCACAGUGUGAGGACAGGAAUCAACAAUCUGAAAGCAAAAGAUGAGAAUCUGCUGCAAGGUGAAGAUGUGUCGAUAUGUGAUGUGCUCUGUGCUGUUGAUAGUUUCUCUUGGAAGCCUAACAAUUCUGAACUAUGUGAAGCAGCUUGAUUCACUAAACAAUAUGCUCUGAACCACUGAUGGAUAAGUUCAUGAUCACAGACAUUUUCCUCCCAACUUUCUUUGGCUCUCUACAUGUUGAAUUUUGUCCAAAUAUAUUUGAAAUUUUUCAUAAUAACUUUUAUAAAUGUUCCCUCCUUCUCAGCGGCAGUAAAAUACAAGCAGCCAGCCUGUGCUUGUCCCCAGACUGAGGAUGUGUCCUCUGACAUGAAAGUGACAAGGACAUCAAGUUAUUCAGCUGAGGAGAACCUGCAGAAGAAGAGACCUCCUCCAUACCCUGAUGGAAUAUUUUUGGCUGAACUUGUCGAUAUCUACAGCCCCGACGAAGAUGAAGAGGAGGGAGUAGAUAAAUGAGAUUUUCCAUCCAGAUUUGUCUUACGGCCUGCUCCUUCCUUUAAUGCUUUAUCAUCACUACUUUUUGUCUUUACUCGAAUAAAAAGAGAAUAAUUAUUUCCUUCAACAAAUAAAAUUUGAGAUUCCUCUUUUGCGAUGCUUAGCAGAUGUUUUAUAAAUCUAAGUUACAUGAUUGUGAUAUUUUUGUGAGGUACAGUAUAUCUAACAUGAAAUCAGAGAGAAAACAAGUAAAAGAGACCAUCAAAAAUGGGAAUUUAUAUAUCAGACAACAACGUUAAUAAAAGUGACUUUUAUUUAUCUAA